CAGCAUUCUCGAUAUGGCUUCGGAUGCUGCAUCGUACGACGUCAGCUGUCAGGUGCAGCACACGCUGUUCAGGCUGUACUUCAAAAACAGACCACCGAAGGUCGUCAAGGCCGGCGAAUGCUUCGCUGCUGAGGUAUGGUGGCAGCAUGAAAGACACUGUCGUCUGACUCAUCGCAUCAUGGUGUAGUGCCCUUUGCUGUUUGUUUGUCUAUCUGUGGCAGCUCUAUCUUGCGAACGAGCUGGUACGCUUGAACUGACCAUUGGGGCCAUAGUAGCCUAGAAGAGCAUGUGUGUGUGUUCCCGUUCUCGUUUGGUUGUCAGGGCAUGAGUCAUGCAAUGGUGCCCUCUGACUCAUCAUCCACACCAUCCAGCAGCAGCAGCAGCAGGCAGUCUGUCGGCCUGCAGCUCACGGCCAUCCCAUGGACGCCAGUCACUGGCAGCCAUCAAUCCCCCGCCCCACCCUGCCAGCUGCAUGUGGCUGUCAAGAACCCAAGAGACCUCCUUGUCAGGAAGAGCGGCAGUGCCUCGCUGCAGGUGGCCAUCUACAUGAUGCCGUCCAUGGGCAGGCGGCCGUCUUCUGUGCUGUCCGUCACGGCCGUCCUAGUGGUGCAGGUGGAUCCCAAGUGCGUGGCUGGCGGCGGCAUUCUCAGGGCCGCAUCGCUGCCAUUCACUCUGGUGACCAACAACACGGCGGCAGGAGGGAGUAAUGCCCUUGUUGAUGCGUGGGAUGGUUUCAGCGGCACUCGGCUGCUCGACCUAUCACCCAUCGGCCCUCUAGCCCUCAUUUUGGAGCAGUCGGCUUACGAGGUGCUCGGGGGGAAGGUGUGGGAUGCCGGAUGGAUGGUGGCGGAGUGUUUGCGGCAAGAGGGCUACAGAAGGUUGCUGCAUGACCAUGAUGCUGGAAGGCACGCUUGCCUGGAGCUUGGGAGCGGCACGGGGGUCGGUGGCAUCGCGUACUAUCUCAGUGGCGGGAUGCGGCAGCCGAUGGUCGUGUGCACUGACCUACCUGACGUGAUGCCCAUCUGUGAGGCCAACCUCACUCUCAACUUUGGUGCAGGUAAUUGAUGGAUUGCACACAGACGUAGCGAUCGAAGGCAUGCCCAGUGUGCGGUUUUAUCUGUGUGCAGAGUCUGAUCGCAAGGCAGACAUUCGCGGCCGCCCUUUGCCGUGGGGCGACGACGCGGCCCUGACGGCCGUCAGUGACGAGUUCGGCCCCUUCUCGCUCAUCAUGUUAUGUGACGUCUUGUACAACAGCGACAGCUACGGGCCGCUAAUCGCCACACUCCGACGAGCCAUUGACACCAGCCAUCCCCCAGCCAUCCUCCUCAGCUACCGCUAUCGAGACCCGUGUGUGGGGCAAUUCUUCCAGCAGCUGGGCGACAUGUGUCACAUCUAUGACAUCACCGAUGUGCCCCUGCCGGCGGAUGAGCGGCGCAUCGACGCGCCUGAGAGGCUGGCGGCCCCGCGAAGGCGAUCCAAUGUGCUGCGGGCGGCGCUGAUGCGCGCUGGUAGUGAUGGUGGUGAUGGGUGUGGGGGUGGGGGGGCUUUGGUAUCGUGUGAGGACAUCUGGGUGCUGUGGUGCGUGCCACAGUGAGGGAGGGUUGUGUCCGUGUCCAUAUGUACAGGGGGUACUGUCUGCAUGGCGUUGUAAGUGAAAGACUAGUCUUGCUGCUGAUGUCUUGUUGCAUGAUGUCUUGUGGUGUUCCUUGUGAAAGGCAUCGCAGCGGACAAGGAUCGCGCCGGGCAAUCAGACAGACAGACAGACAGACAGAGGCAGUGCACG